AUGUCAGCACCUGCUCAAAACAAUGCCGAGGUCCCCACUUUCAAGUUAGUUCUUGUCGGUGAUGGUGGUACUGGUAAGACCACAUUUGUGAAGAGACAUUUGACCGGUGAAUUUGAAAAAAAAUACAUCGCGACCAUCGGAGUAGAAGUCCAUCCUCUGUCUUUUUAUACUAAUUUCGGUGAGAUUAAGUUCGACGUCUGGGAUACCGCAGGCCAAGAAAAAUUUGGUGGGCUAAGGGAUGGUUAUUACAUCAAUGCCCAAUGUGCUAUUAUUAUGUUCGAUGUCACCUCCAGAAUCACUUACAAGAAUGUUCCUAAUUGGCAUCGAGACCUAGUCCGAGUGUGCGAAAAUAUUCCCAUAGUGCUAUGUGGUAAUAAGGUCGAUGUCAAAGAGAGAAAGGUCAAGGCUAAGACCAUCACUUUCCAUAGAAAAAAGAACUUACAGUAUUAUGACAUUUCUGCCAAGUCUAACUAUAAUUUUGAAAAGCCUUUCUUGUGGCUAGCUAGAAAACUUGCCGGUAAUCCACAAUUGGAGUUUGUUGCGUCUCCUGCAUUGGCUCCACCGGAAGUCCAAGUUGAUGAGCAACUAAUGCACCAAUACCAGCAAGAAAUGGACCAAGCCACUGCUUUACCAUUACCUGAUGAAGAUGAUGCUGAUUUAUAA